CAUUAUCUUUUUUAAAAACUACCAUCCCCAGGAGUGAGUUGUAUUCCUGUGAAUUGAACCAAAAAUGGUCUCACAUCUGAAAAAACGUAUGGUGGGAAUAUUCUGUCUCUUCCUGUUGUAAAGCUUUAAAAUGUUGUGCUUUUUUAAAUGACUUAGUUUGAAACAGUUUAAAACUCCACUGGUGUUUGAAAAUCUAUGAGGCUAACUGAAGCCGAGCUGAUUGAUAUACCUUCUUAUGAAAUGGUUUAUUUUGUGCAGGUGAACCACUGCAUAUUCUCUCGUGACAGCCAGCUUCUAUUAACAGGUUCAGAUGAUUGUAAUCUCUGUGUCUGGGAUGUUAAAAAUGGAAAGCUUCUUUCUAAAGUAAAGGGUCACACAGGCCCAGUGAAGGCUUGCGCAUUCUCCAAUGACUCUAAGCUCUUUGCGAGUGGGUCUUCUGAUUGUACCGCAAGAAUAUGGAGCACAAAAACAGGACAGUGUCUGCACAUUCUACAAGGACAUACUAAAAUUGUUGAGACAGUGUGCUUCAGCCAUGAUUCAAGCUUGCUCGCAUCUGGAAGUUGGGAUUAUACAGCUAUUCUGUGGGACGCUGUGUCAGGCCAGCCUGUGAAGACUUUUUCUGGGCAUCAGAAUGUCAUCAAAACCUGUGCAUUUUCAAUCCACAGAGAUCUUUUGGCCACUGGAUCCUGGGAUUAUACAGUAAGAGUAUGGAAUUUACGAAGAGCGGGACGAACAUUCACCUUGGAAGGCCACAAGGGCAAUGUGAGCUGUGUAGCCUUUUCUGGAAUUGGAAUGCUGGCUUCAGGUUCCUGGGACAAGACUAUACGUGUAUGGGAUCCAAGAAAGAGAUUCCUGAUCUUUCUUCUGAAGGAGCACUAUGGCCGGAUAACGGCCCUCUCAUUCUCCAUGGAUUCAAUUCUAUUGGCAACAGCAGCAGAAGAUGAAACGAUUCGUGUGUGGGAUUGUGAGGACGGAAAGUGUAAGAAGAUCCUUAUGUGUGAAUUGGAUUUCAUUUCCACCUGCCAAUUUUCUCCAAACAAUACACUUCUGGUUGCGGGAACAUCUAGUUGUUUCUUGGCAGCUGGUUCUACAACAUUCCUUCUGCAUCAAGAGGUUUCAGAAGUAAAUGUGAACAGACAAAUAAUAUCAGAGUAGUUAUGCAUGCAAAUCACUUUAAUGUUAAAGAUGCAAUGACAUAUG